AUGUCGUCUGUUAAACUGAAGUUACAAGAUAAAGGCAAUCAUGUGGUGAUGGAUAAUGGCAUUGCACGGGUCACAUUAUCGAAGCCUGAUGGAAUUGUUACCGGUAUCGAGUAUAAUGGCAUCGAUAACUUGCUCGAAGUUCUUAAUGAAGAAGUCAAUAGAGGGUAUUGGGACCUUGUUUGGAGCGGAUCAGGAACCACUGGUGCAUUUGAUGUAAUAAAAGGAACAAACUUUGAGGUAAUAAUGGAGAACGAAGAACAGAUUGAGCUUUCUUUCACAAGAAAAUGGGAUCCAUCACAAGAAGGCAAAGCUGUCCCUUUGAACAUUGACAAAAGAUUUGUUAUGCUUCGUGGGUCGUCCGGAUUCUACACUUACGCCAUCUACGAGCACGUAAAAGAAUGGCCUGCUUUCUCAAUGGCCGAAACCCGAAUCGCCUUCAAGCUCAGAAAAGAGAAGUUUCAUUACAUGGCAAUAACGGACGAUAGGCAGAGAUUCAUGCCAUUGCCUGAUGACCGGUUACCGGACAGAGGCCAAGCUCUGGCUUACCCUGAAGCUGUUUUACUUGUUAAUCCUAUAGAGCCUCAAUUCAAAGGAGAGGUUGACGAUAAGUAUCAAUACUCGUGCGAAAACAAAGACAUUGGUGUCCAUGGAUGGAUAUGCACCGAGCAGCCAUCGGUUGGUUUCUGGCUCAUAACUCCUAGCCAUGAGUACCGAACCGGUGGACCUCAAAAACAGAACUUGGCAUCUCACGUUGGACCCACUUCUCUUGCUGUAUUUAUGAGUGCACACUAUUCAGGAGAGGAUCUAGUGCCAAAGUUCAGUGAAGGAGAGGCAUGGAAGAAGGAGUUUGGACCGGUUUUCGUGUAUUUAAACUCGUCCACUGAUGAUGAUAAUGAUCCUCUUUGGCUAUGGAAAGAUGCUAAAUCUCAGUUGAAUGUGGAAGUAGAAAACUGGCCUUACAGUUUUCCAGCUUCAGAUGAUUAUGUGAAAGCAGAGCAACGUGGUAAUGUUGUUGGUAGGCUUCUCGUUCAAGACAGGUAUGUAGAUAAAGAUUUUAUUGCAGCCAAUAGAGGUUAUGUUGGUUUGGCUCUGCCUGGAGCUGCUGGUUCAUGGCAAAGAGAAUGCAAGGAGUAUCAAUUUUGGACAAGAACAGAUGAAGAAGGAUUUUUUUACAUAAGUGGAAUAAGACCAGGCCAAUACAAUCUCUAUGCAUGGAUUCCUGGUUUUAUUGGCGACUAUAAAUAUGAUGAUAUUAUCACUAUUACCCCAGGUUGUUAUAUGUAUGUUGAAGAUCUUGUAUAUCAGCCUCCAAGAAAUGGAGCAACGUUAUGGGAGAUCGGUUUUCCAGAUCGAUCCGCCGCAGAGUUUUAUGUUCCUGAUCCGAAUCCAAAAUAUAUCAACAAACUUUAUCAGAAUCACCCAGACAGGUUUCGACAAUAUGGAUUAUGGGAAAGAUACGCAGAAUUGUAUCCUGAUAAAGACUUAGUAUAUGUUGUUGGCUCUAGCGACUAUAAGAAAGAUUGGUUUUACGCUCAAGUCACUAGAAAAAAGGAUAACAAAACAUAUCAAGCAACAACAUGGCAAAUCAAAUUCGAACUCAAAAACAUUGAUAAGAAUCAUACCUAUACUUUACGAGUAGCCAUUGCAUCCGCUACUUUUGCCGAACUCCAAAUACGUUUAAAUGAUGCGAAUGCAAGCCCGUUGUUCACGAGCGGAUUGAUCGGGAGAGACAACUCGAUAGCAAGACAUGGAAUACAUGGAUUGUACUGGUUGUUCAAUGUGGAAGUGGCUGGCUCUAAGCUUGUCGAAGGUGACAAUACCUUGUUUCUCACGCAGCCAAGGUGUACAAGUCCUUUCCAAGGGAUCAUGUAUGAUUACAUCCGAUUCGAAGCUCCCAACUAA